GCCCAUGGAGCUUGGGGCCACAGGCCACAGGGGACAAGGGCCAGGCACCCAAGCCAUGGCUCCAGGCCAUUGAUCCAGCCUAGGCUGGUCAGUUGGGGGUGGAAAGACCUUGGCCUGGAUAAACAGAGGCUUCCAGGCCUGUUUGCAGGCCUUGCAUCUGCCUUCUGCUCUUGAAGAUGCCAAGAUGUUUCCAGCUUCCUUGUUCUACCAGGAUGCCCACCGCUGAGGUCCCCCAAGCAGCUGGUGGGCAGGGCGAUGGAGGUGAUGGCGAGGGAGCUGCUGAUCCAGAGGAGAUGUUCAAGACCCCCAAAAACACCAAGAGAAAAGCCCGAGACUACGCCCGCUUCACACCACUACUGCUGAUCUUGGCUGCUUUGGCCUCAGCAGGAGUCAUGCUUUGGUAUUUCCUAGGGUACAAGACAGAAGUGACCAUUAGCCAGGUGUACUCUGGCAGCCUCCGGGUGCUCAACCGCCAUUUCUCCCAGGACCUGGCCCGACGAGAGUCCGGUGCUUUCCGCAGUGAAACUGCCAAAGCCCAGAAAAUGCUCAAAGAGCUGAUUGCCAGCACCCGUCUGGAUGCUUAUUACAACUCCAGUUCCAUCUACUCCUUUGGGGAGGGAUCCCUCACCUGCUUCUUCUGGUUUAUCCUUGACAUCCCUGAGUCCCAGCGACUGACACUGAGCCCUGAGGUGGUGCGUGAGCUCCUGGUGGGGGAGCUGCUAUCCAACAGCUCGGCCCUGGCUUCCUAUAGGACCGAAUAUGAGGUGGACCCCGAAAGCCUGGUGAUUCUGGAAGCCAGUGUGAACGACAUAGCCGUACUGAAUUCCAUGCUGGGCUGUUACCGCUACAGCUACGUGAAGCCAGGCCAGGUCCUCCGGUUGAGGGGGCCUGACCAGCAGGCCUCUAGCUGCCUGUGGCACCUGCAGGGGCCUGAGGACCUCAUGCUCAAAGUGCGGCUCGAGUGGACCCAGGUGGAUUGCAGAGACCGGGUGGCCAUGUACGAUGCAGCCGGGCCCCUGGAGAAGAGACUCAUCACUUCGGUCUAUGGGUGCAGCCGCCAGGAACCGGUGAUGGAGGUGCUGGCGUCAGGCUCCAUCAUGGCAGUGGUGUGGAAGAAAGGCCUGCACAGCUACUAUGACCCCUUCAUGCUCUCGGUGAAGUCUGUGGCCUUCCAGGACUGCAAGGUGAACCUGACACUGGAGGGCCGGCUGGAUCUACAGGGCUUCCUCCAUACACCCUAUUACCCCAGCUACUACUCACCCAGAACCCACUGCUCUUGGCAUCUCACGGUACCCUCUCUGGACUAUGGCUUGGCGCUCUGGUUUGAUGCCUAUGCACUGAGGAGGCAGAAGUACAAUCUGUUGUGUACCCAAGGCCAGUGGGUGAUUCAGAACAGGAGGCUGUGUGGCUUCCGUACCCUUCAGCCAUAUGCAGAGAGGAUCCCCAUGGUGGCCUCGGCUGGUGUCACCAUCAACUUCACCUCCCAGAUCUCCCUUACUGGCCCUGGUGUGCAAGUGUACUACAGUUUGUACAACCAGUCAGACCCCUGCCCUGGAGAGUUCCUCUGCUCUGUGAAUGGACUGUGUGUCCCUGCCUGUGAUGGGAUCAAGGACUGCCCCAAUGGCCUGGAUGAGAGAAACUGCGUCUGCAGAGCCAUGUUCCAGUGCCGAGAGGACAGCACGUGCAUCUCACUGCCUAGAGUGUGUGACCGGCAGCCUGACUGUCUCAACGGCAGUGAUGAAGAGCAGUGCCAAGAAGGGCUCAGAGACCCACCUUCGGUGGCCUGCCUGGUCCCCUCCAUCCCAGGAGUGCCCUGUGGGACAUUCACCUUCCAGUGUGAGGACCGGAGCUGUGUGAAGAAGCCCAACCCAGAGUGUGACGGACAGCUGGACUGCAGUGACGGCUCAGACGAGCGACAUUGCGACUGUGGCCUCCAGGGCCCCUCCAGCCGCAUUGUGGGCGGGUCCAUGUCCUCUGAGGGUGAGUGGCCAUGGCAGGCCAGCCUCCAGAUUCGGGGUCGACACAUCUGUGGGGGUGCUCUCAUCGCUGACCGCUGGGUCUUAACGGCAGCCCACUGUUUCCAGGAGGACAGCAUGGCCUCCCCGAGGCUAUGGACAGUGUUCCUGGGUAAGAUGCGGCAGAACUCACGCUGGCCAGGCGAGGUGUCCUUCAAGGUGAGCCGCCUGUUCCUGCACCCGUACCAUGAGGAGGACAGCCAUGACUACGAUGUGGCUCUGCUGCAGCUGGACCACCCUGUGGUGUACUCAGCCACCGUGCGCCCCGUCUGCCUGCCUGCACGCUCUCACUUCUUCGAGCCAGGCCAGCACUGCUGGAUCACGGGCUGGGGAGCCCUGCGAGAGGGUGGUCCCAGUAGCAGCACCCUGCAGAAGGUGGACGUGCAGCUGGUCCCUCAAGACUUGUGCAGUGAAGCCUAUCGCUACCAGGUGACCCCGCGCAUGCUCUGUGCUGGCUACCGCAAGGGCAAGAAGGAUGCCUGCCAGGGUGACUCUGGGGGCCCGCUGGUGUGCAGGGAGCCCAGUGGCCGCUGGUUCCUGGCAGGGCUGGUGAGCUGGGGCCUGGGCUGUGGCCGACCCAACUUCUUCGGCGUCUACACCCGUGUCACCGGUGUCGUCAACUGGAUUCAGCAGGUGCUGACCUGAGGAGCUGGUCUACAGCGCUGGACCCGCCUCCAGCCCAAGUUCAGGGCACCCGCCCAGCCAGGGCACAAGUAUUCUGGGGCGAGUGGCCUGGCUGAGGCCUGUUCCCUCAGGCCUACCCCAGUGACAGCACAGAGAAGGCAUGCCAGCUGGGGGUCAGGAUACCGCCUGAGGUCCAGGGGCCAGCCUCCGUUGGCUUCACCUCUAGCCCUUUCUCCUUCUAGCUGUUCCCCCUCUUUCCUCCUUCUACCAUUGUUAUGGGGUGGGGUCUGGUGUCAGUGAUGCUGGCUCCCAGUCUGUAGGAAAGUAAGAUUCCUUUCCCACUUGGAGGGAACUGACUCAGAGAGCAGAUUCCAGCCUGUGAGGCCCCCGUGUACUGUGGAUGGGUGGGAAGAAGGUGCCUUAUCAAGCAAAAACCCUCAGAGCCCUUGAGACCGCCAAGUGGGCCACACUAUAAGCCAAACCACGGGGCAGCGCCAGCUGCAGGUGCCUGCUGCAGCUCCGUCUGCUCCGGGGCCCUCCCUGCCAUUCACUGGAGGACCUCCACCUGUUCUGAAAAUAAAGCACUUGACCAA